GUACGCCGGAAGUGCUCGCGCUUGGCCUUUCGGCGUCCUGGCCGGCGGGCGGCGGCUGCGAGCGGCCGUCGCACUUCCAGGGCUCGCGGCCAACCGCUCCUUCGCCCGCCGCGGCCCGCGCACGCCGCCGCCGAGAAAAAGAUGGUGGGCCGCAACAGCGCCAUCGCUGCGGGCGUGUGCGGGGCCCUCUUCAUCGGUUACUGCAUCUACUUCGACCGCAAGAGGCGGAGUGACCCCAACUUCAAGAACAGGCUUCGAGAACGAAGGAAGAAACAGAAGCUUGCCAAGGAGAGAGCUGGGCUUUCCAAGUUACCUGAUCUUAAAGAUGCUGAAGCUGUUCAGAAAUUCUUCCUUGAAGAAAUACAGCUUGGGGAAGAGCUACUAGCUCAAGGUGAAUAUGAGAAGGGUGUGGACCAUCUGACAAAUGCAAUUGCUGUGUGUGGGCAGCCGCAGCAGCUGCUGCAGGUGUUACAGCAGACACUUCCUCCACCAGUGUUCCAGAUGCUUCUGACUAAGCUCCCAACUAUUAGUCAGCGAAUUGUGAGUGCGCAGAGCUUGGCCGAAGAUGAUGUAGAAUGAGAAGCGAAUCGACAUAAUAAAAAUCUCAGUUAAAACGAGUUUUUAAAUUCUUAACUUGGAAGUUGAGCAGCUCUUGGGGAGUAAGGGCAAAUAUGCUUGUUAUGGACUGUCCUACACUGAAAUCUACCAAAGUUGAUGUUUACUUUGUGUAGAUCCAUUGUCUGUUUUAUUUAUUUUUUUCCCAGUAAAAAGUGUAUUUUGAUAGAAAGCUUUUCCUUUUAUAAAUACACUCUGAGUUA